AUGAAAACUUCAUUCAAAUUUAAUGAUUUAAGAUCAGUAUUUAAUCGUUUUUAUAAAUUUGUUCAAUUAUUACAUUCUGCAUUGAUUGAUGAAGCAUUUAACUUUUAUUCACAACAAACAAUUCUAGAUAUUUUAAUCCGUUCAAUAACAUUUCAUUUGCAUGCAAUUGCAUUAAAUUUUAUAUUUACAUUUAUUUAUUGUCCAAUAAUUUUAGCAUUUUAUCUUAUAAUUUGGGAAAUUUAUUUUACAUGGUUUAUCCUCAUCUAUUGUCUAUUAUUAGAUUAUAUGAUUAUAAUAUUAAUGACAUAUUCAUUAUCAUUAUUUAAUCAACAAUUAAAUUCAAUUGGACAACAAUUACAACCAAUUAUUAUUAUAAAUCAAACAAAUUUUUCUAGAAAAUUUCAAUUAAUGUUAUUAAAUGAACGUUUAAUUACACGUAAACAAUGGGGUAUUAGAAUUGGUGAUUUAACUGUUGUUACUAAAUGGGUUUUUAUGCGUCUCAUCAUACUUUAUGCACGUUUUACAUUGUUGGCAAAAAUUGGUUGGAAACGUUUUAAAUCAUUACCAAUAUUAGAACGAUUACAAUUUUUAAAUGCAACCAUUCUAGGAAUUUAUCAUCUAACCAAAAGUUUUGGUUGGAUUGAAUAUUCAAAAACGAUAAAAUUUCUAAUCGGUGAUAUGACACCAAUCAUGUCGAAUGAUAUAAAAUAUGUAAUCACUAUUAAUCGUCCUAUUUGGCAAUUGAUAAUACAUUUAUUAAAUGGACAAUUAGUUGCAAUAUCAUUAAAUUUUACUGUAUUAUUUUCAUAUUGUCCAUUUAUAAUUGGUUCAUUUACAUUAUUAUUAGGUAUGAAAACUAUACGAAAAGUACGUAUUGAUAUACAACGUAUAUUACCAUCAAUAAAUCUUGGUUUCUAUAUAUUUAUAUUUAAAAAAAUAAUCAAUAUUAAUCGUCCUAUUUGGCAAUUAAUAAUACAUUUAUUAAAUGGACAAUUAGUUGCAAUAUCAUUAAAUUUUACAGUAUUAUUUUCAUAUUAUCCAUUUAUAAUUGGUUCAUAUACAUUAUUAAUAGGUGUGAAAACUAUACAAAAAGUACGUAUUGAUAUACAACAUAUAUUACUUUUAAUUAAUAAUACAUCAUGUUUACGUUUUAAAUUACAAAUUAUGAAUUAUUAUCAACGUAUGGUUAAUUUAAAACCAUGGGGUAUUAAAAUUGGUGCAAUUGCUGUAUUAACACGUGGAAUAUUUUGUAAGCUUAUGAUAAUAUAUGCACGUUUUACAAUGUUAUCAAUGAAAUUAUCUGGAUAA